GUAAGCUAUAAGACAAUUAGCCUAUUAAAACCAAUUAAUUCAUUUAAAAUGAUGAUGCGCAAUAGCCAAUCUUUUCAAAGAAUAAAUUUUAAUACAAGUGCGACGAUAAACCAAGAUAUCCAAUGGAAUUUAAACAAUAUGGACUUUUUGAUAUACCGGAUCCUAAUUUGGACGAUGACGCAGGAAGUGAUGAUGAUGAAAAUGAUGAUGAUCUUGAAGCGGAGUUAGCUGCAAUAACAGCUGGUUCAAAUCCUAAGCCAAAACGUAAACCAAAACCAAAACCAGAUCCUAUGGCUGUUGAUCUUGAUGCAAUGAUUGCAGAAAGUAUGAAAGAUAUUGGCUCUGAUGAAGAAUUAUCAGGUGAUGAUGAUGACCCUGCAUUGUUGAAUGAAUUAUCAGAGAUUACUGGAGAAGAUGAAGGUGUACAAGAAGAACCAGAAAAUACUACUCCUAUAAUACCCACUUCAGAUCCAAGUACAGCUAUGGUUAGUCUUCUAGAAGCGCGUUUGGAAAUGUAUAAAAAAGCUGAAGCCAUAGCUAAGGGUGCAAAUGAAACCAGCAGAGCAAGACGUUUUAAUCGUGGCAUUAAAACUAUAAACGACCUUUUAAAACAAGCUCGUGCUGGAAAAAGUAUUAACCCUGAGGACAUUCCACCUGAAGUAAGUACAGGUGCCAGGCCUGAAAAACCAGCUCCAGCAGAAAAUGCUGCUCCUCAGGAAGAACCUCCAGCAACUGAAGAACCUCCUGCGCCUGAAGAAACUCCUGCAACUAAUGAGUUAUCUCCAACAGAACCUACCAAAGUAGAACCAGAAACAGAUCCAAAAAUUGAAUUAUUGACCACAAGAAAGAAUGAAUAUAAAAUGGCUGCAUUGGAAGCUAAGAGAAGUGGUGAUUCACAGACAGCUUUGAAAUACAUAAAAAUUGUGAAACAAUUUGAUUUGGUCAUAAAUGCUUUGACGAACGGAGAAGUUGUUGAUCUGAGAAAUAUGCCUGGACCACCAGGUUCUGAUGUACCGUCUCCUCCAAAGGAGGACAAUCUUACACAAAAAUCUGCAGAUCCAAUUAGCCCAGUCCCGAUAGCUUCUCAAGAGCCAUCACCUGCUGAAGAAGAACCUGAAGUAGAAGAAGUGCUUAUAAAAGCUUCAUCAGUAUUAGAAGCUUUAGAACAGCGACUAGAAGUAUACAAAGCUCAAAUGAAUGCUGCAACGCAAGAUAACAAUUCUAGUAAGGCAAGACGUAUGGGAAGAAUUGUAAAGCAAUUUGAACAAGCUAUAAAACUACACAAGGCUGGUAAACCAAUACCUGUUGAUGAAUUGCCAACACCACCCGGUUAUGCUCCCAUACCAAUUAAUCCAACAGGUGGUGCAACCGCUCCAAGCGCUCCAGCAUCUUCUAUUUCUCCUAGACCGGAGCCUAAACCUGCACCACCAGUUCCAAGUACAAGUGAAAGCCAAGAAGAAGAAACCAAGCCAAAAAUCUCUCCUAAACCUCCAGCAAGGAAAAGCGGAAAUCAAACUACAACUUCACAUACUGAGAAACAAGCUCAACUUUUAAUUGCGAGGCAAAAAGAGUUUAAACAAGCAGCACUUGCUGCCAAGCAAAAAGGUGAAAUAGCACAAGCAAAAGAAUUAUUAAGAACAGCCAAAGGAUUUGAUCCUUUGAUCCAAGCAGCCUUGGGGGGAUUACCAGUCGAUAUGAAAACAUUACCAAUACCAAAUUCAGCAAGAAGUCAGUUGGAAGAUAGCUUUGCAUUUGUUAAUGAAAACGAUUGCACAGAAGGAGAAAAUGAUGGUUCAGAUAUAUUGGCUCGAUUAGAGGAACAAUUAUCAAGACAAUUAAAAUUAUGUCUCAGUACCAGAGAUCACCAUAAAGCUAUGGGAGACGUUGCUGGUACAAAUAGAUUUGAACAACUGGCAUUAUCUGUUACAAAAGAUUUAGAUGUAAUUAGGUUAUCUCAAAGAAAAAAUUUACCAGCUCCACAAUUUCAUUAUGAAACAAAAAGUUUUAAUGUAGUCCAGUGCUGCACAGAACUGGGUGAUAAUGAUCUUGAAGUUACAAUCGUCAAAGGUUAUAAUUAUACGGUUCCAAAUCCUAAGGAAGUAGACACUUAUGUUAAAAUAGAAUUCCCAUUUCCACAGGAUAGUCCAUUUGUUGAAUAUACAUCUCUAGUGAAGGAUACAAAUAAUCCUGAUUAUGGUGCAACUUAUACAAUACCCAUGCAAAGAACCAGCAGGCAUUGUUUAAGGGUUUUUAAAAGGCAUAAUCUUAAAUUAGAUAUUUAUGCAAAACGGUCUAGUUGCUGGUGUUGUUUCAGUGGUUUCUUCAGAAGCGAUGCAGUAAUUGGGACUGUCAAUGUUAAAUUACAACCGUUAGAGACUAAAUGUGUGCUUCAUGAUUCAUUUCAAGUUUUUGAUGGUAGAAAGCCAACUGGAGGCAAAUUGGAAGUAAAACUUCGAGUACGCAACCCCAUGCUUACAAAACAAGUAGAAAAGCUUACUGAAAAAUGGUUAAUUAUUGAUCAUUAAUUUAUAUACUCAGCUUUUUAUGAAACUAUAUUUUAUAUAAAGGAUAUGUGUCUUCUAAUGAAUUCAUGUUUUUAAAUUUGUGAUUGGAUUUUGCCUUAUAUUUUAUUAGAAUAAAUAAAUUUGUAAUUUAUCAUUUUUGCUUUGGAAUGUAUAUCAUAAGAUAACUUGUAUAAUAUUAUGAA